AUGACUAACGUCUUCUGUGCUUCACAAGUUGUGAUCUACAUUGAGUACCUAGAGAAGGCAAAAAGACUCAAGUGGACUGCAGGUGUACCGCCACCAAUUCAGCACCAGCCGCAGCAACAACAGCUUGAAUACGCCGACAGCUUGCAGCAGCAUUGUCAGUACGAGCGGCCAUUACCCCACGAGCAUACAUACGCCACCGUCAUGUAUGAGAAUUCCUGUUCAUAUCAAACCGCGCUCGAUUUGAAGCGCGUAUCACCACCGACACUGGCGCAGGUGAAGACCGAAGACUGCUUGACGCUCGGUCAAUGUUCACCCGAUUGGUCCACAUACCGCUUCCAUCAGUCCACGUUCGAGCAGCUGAAACAAAGCGUUGAGAAGGCGAAAGCGGCAUUGCAAGAUCGCAGCAGUUUCUUUGGAGCGUCCAGCGCAUUUAGUGACAUUUACUCAACGCAACGACUGAGCGACACACUCGGCGACACGCUGCCCAAUGUGCAGCCGUCAAAUGGCGGCAAUUGCAUCGGCAUUGUGCACAAUAGCGGCGGCAUAAGCGGCAAUUCAGUGGCGAGCACGCCGAGUCUGGUGCUGAACGGUAAUUGCAUCACCACCGUCUCAUCGGCCACAACGGGGCAACGCUAUCGUUUGGAUAGCCUACAACCGGUGACCGGUUGUUCACCCGUCUCACAGCAUGGCGUCAUCAGCGCGAGCAGUGCGCCGCCACCACUGACACCCGGCGCGCUCGACACGGUCGGCGUGGUGGACAGCAAGUCUAGAGCCUUUAUCACAUGUCAAGAGCCGGCAUGUCCCAAUGCACUUGGUCCUUCCAAUGAGUGCGAGAGCGAUCUUGCUUCCGUUGUGCAUCCAAAGAUCUCGAAUUGA